AUGUAUGUUCAAAAAACACCCAAAAAAAUAUCGAAAAAAAACAAAUCAAGAGUAAAAGUGACAGUAGCGUGCACCUACUGUCAAUGUAGAAAAAUCAAAUGUUCAGGCAUUCGGCCAUGCUCUAAUUGUGAGAAGUAUGCUCAGAAUUGUUUUUUUGUAUGCUCGCAAACACGACGCGGGCCGAGAAAGAGUGAUGUUGAAGUAAUCUCUUGUAAAGAAAUCAGAGUUGCAAAGGCUCUGCAAUUUAGCGAAGUAGAAGCAUUCUCCGGAAAUUUUAGUACACCUCCUUCUACGUUUGAUCCAAUCUUACACGGAGAUAGUAACGUUGAGAAUUAUGACAAUAGUAUUCAUUUUCAAUAUCAAUAUCAAUAUCAAGAACCCGUAAAUCAACUUCAACAACCACUUUUAGAAACUUCAAGUCCUAAUGACUUCAUCCAAUUUCCGAUUACCGAAAAUAUAUUGAGCCAUAACGUCAAUUGGCUAAACUCUAAUAAUAAUAUUAUUGAUUUUUCGUCACUAUCAAUUAAUGAACCAAACAUGGUUAUUAAUUCAACAAACGACGUACCAUUUCUAAUUACGACAGAAAUGUAUUCGCAAACGCCAGAACUCCCUCAUUUUCAAUCAUGCGAUUUUAAUAAUAAUAUUAUUAUUAAUCAAUUAAAUUUUUAA